AUGUGGAUGAUAAAGCUCACAUUGAGAGAUGGUAAAGCUCACAUUGAAAUGACAGCCAAUCUACUCUGGCAUAUCUGGAAGGCGAGAAAUAAUUUGAACUUUAACCUGUGCAACCACGAAGGGUAUCGGAUCUCCCAAUAUGCCAUCGUGGAUUGGCUUGAGUUUAAAGAGACAAACCUACUAAACACAUGUGACAAGCAAGAAAACAGUGCUGAGCUUGAUAGCAAUGACAAAAUUGUUGCUGUACUCCAACAACAGCACUCGACUAUCAUGUACGUUGAUGCAGCAGUGGACCAGCGAAGAGAUAAGUUUGGCAUUGGUAUAGCAGCUAAGGAUAAUGAGGGAAAUCUAAUCUCUACAUGGUCAAUCCCAACCGCAGCUACAGGAGAGGCUGCAAUCAUGGAAGCUCAUGCUAUCAGAACUGCCUUGCUCAAAGCAUUGAAGGAAAAUUGGACGUCCAUCUUGGUACUUUCUGAUUGCAAAGUUCUUGUUGACAAAUUGAAUCUUAGGAAUGAGGACCUAUCUGACAUAAGCAUUAUCCUGAGAGAUAUCAGGACAUUGAGUAGGUCUUUUUGGCGUUGUACUUUAUCUUUUGUUAAGCGAGAAUGCAACACUUGUAGUCAUGGUUUGGCGAAAUUCGCCACUAACCUUUUAAACGAAACUAGGUGGAAGAGUAUCUUUCCUGUGUGGACCUCUAUGGCUGCACAAAGUGAUCAUCUGGCAGUUGCAGCUAUAAUGUACAUGUACUUGUAG